UUGGUAAUAAAGGUUAGGCGCCGACACUGAGGAACGUGGCGGGUUACCACGUCGUGUAAAAAGAAGACCCAUACUGUUUCCGAAUACCGUGCUUUUAAGGCACGCUUUCGAGUCUGUUGGUAUCGCUGCUGGUGUAUUGAGAACUUACGAACAGAAAAACACGUGUGAGCACGCAACGUAUACUAAAAUGGGUGAUCCGAAGGCUCAACACGGUACACAGGAGAUGAAAGGCUGGCUCUUUAAAUGGACUAAUUAUUUAAAAGGUUAUCAACGAAGGUGGUUCGUCCUGUCAAAUGGCCUACUGUCGUAUUACAGGGCUGAACCAACAGGGGGGCCAAAGAUAUCAACACGACGCAAGCGGAAGGCUGGCAGAGCCUCCGAAAAUCCGGCGGAGAUGUUACACACGUGCCGUGGCACGAUAUCCUUGCACGGGGCCUUAAUACACACCGUGGACGCUUGCACGUUCGUUGUGAGCAACGGUGGCACGCAAACCUUCCAUAUCAAGGCAGCGACAGAGGUAGAACGUCAGCAAUGGGUCACGGCCCUCGAGUUAGCGAAGGUCAAGGCUAUCCAGGCCAUGGAAUCUGAAGAAGAGGAGGAAGAGUUCCAGGUUAUCGACAUUCAAAAGCCAGAACAAGUCUCGGUGAAGGACUUGUCUCAACGUUUAGAAAACUUGCAGGCCUGUAAUGAUUUACUAAUAAAGAGAGGAACCAUGCUUCAACGAAUUUUAAAUGAACUCGAAGCAUUGGAACCUCCGUCGGUUGAAUUAGCAGCGAAAAUAAAGACAGUCAGUGAACGGGCCACGCUUUUUCGCAUCGCGGCCGGUGCUAUGGUUAAUGCAAGCAAUGAAUAUUUGCAACUAGCUCAGCAACAAGAACCAAAGUGGAAGAAAAUGCUGCAACAUGAGCGUGAUCAAAAAGAACGAAUAGAAAAAAUGGUUGAACAAUUAGCUAGACAGCACUCUCAUUUGGAAGAGGCUGCACAACACGCCUUACCUUCGGCAGUUCCAGGAGGGGGGCACAGGCCUUCGCAUACAACAGUUACAACUUCUCCAUCAGAAGACGAAGAAGAUAAUGCAGAAUUUUAUGAUGCACAGGAAUCUGAUACUUUUACUUUAAGUAUACCUGGUGUCCCAGCAAAUAAUUCAAGAGAUCGAACUGACUCUCAAGGUAGUGAUGAUGGCUCUAGCUCAGAAGGAGAUCAGACACCUUUGCCCUUGUCAGACACUGCUACUACGAACUCCUUUCGCAUUGUGACCGAUUCUACAGUAGUAACUCCUACCACUGCUGCAAAUACAGACAAUCUGGACAAUACAAAUUGGGAAUCCAACAAUGGCAGCAGUGGCAGCACCGGGGUAACAGGUUUUAAACGAAAACGGAGAAUCAGGGUACCUGAUAAACCAAAUUAUCCAUUAAACUUAUGGAGUAUCAUGAAAAAUUGUAUUGGCAAAGAUUUGUCGAAAAUUCCAAUGCCUGUCAAUUUUUCUGAGCCACUUAGUAUGCUUCAACGGCUUACAGAAGAUUAUGAAUAUGCAGAUAUUCUUGACAGGGCAGCAGAAUGUACAGAUAGCUAUGAACAAAUGGCUUAUGUUGCUGCAUUUACUAUAUCUAGUUAUUCCACAACUUCUUCCAGAACAGGCAAACCUUUUAAUCCUUUAUUAGGUGAAACGUAUGAAUGUGAUCGCGUUGAUGAUUUAGGAUGGCGUGCAAUUUCAGAACAAGUGUCUCAUCAUCCUCCGAUGUUGGCGCAACAUUGCGAGGGUCGAAAGUGGCGUUGUUGGCAGGAAUUUACCAUGGCAUCUAAAUUCCGUGGAAAGUACCUGCAGGUAAUACCAUUAGGAACUGCACAUCUUGAAAUGGACGACGGUACACAGCAUUAUACGUGGCGAAAAGUUACUACUACUGUACACAAUAUUAUAGUAGGAAAAUUAUGGGUUGAUCAAAGUGGUGAUACAGACAUUGUAAAUCAUAAACAAGGUAUCAAGUGCCAUUUGAAAUACACGCCCUAUUCAUAUUUUUCGAGAGACAGUCAACGUAAAGUCAAGGGGGUAGUCAUGAAUUCAAGCAAUGAAGUUAAAUGGGUAGUACAAGGUACGUGGGACUCAAAGAUAGAAAUCGCUCCUGUGAUUAGUACAUCUGGUACGCCAGAUAAUCCAGUAUACAAAACAGGGCCUUACAUACUCGCUUGGAAGCGUCGUAUGCCACCUGAAGAUUGUGAAAAGUAUUAUAAUUUUACCGAAUUAGCGUGUCAACUUAAUGAGCCUGAGGAAGGUAUAGCUCCAACAGAUUCCCGAUUUAGGCCUGAUCAAAGAUUAAUGGAAAAUGGCGAAUGGGACGAAGCAAAUGCAGAAAAACUUCGGUUAGAAGAAAAGCAAAGAACUGUUCGUCGUGCUCGGGAACAUGAUGCUGAAAAAGCAGCCGCUCAAGGUUUACCAUAUGAAACUUAUGAACCUUUAUGGUUUAAGAAAGAGCAGGAUCCAUAUACGGACAGUCUGUGUUACGUAUACGGUGGUGAAUACUGGGAGUGUAAGAGUAAAGGUGAUUGGUCACGAUGUCCAAACAUAUUUUAGCUUAUUAUAUAAUUAUAUAAAUAUUGUGACCGCCAAUAUACAGUGCAGAAAUAUUUGGAUUUGUUUUAAGUGAAGAUAGUCGAUUUUAGUCGAUCACUGCUUCUAAAGAAAAAAAAAUGCUGACAUGAUAUAGUGGGUUUGUUAGGUGACAUGGUUCAGUCAUUAUUUCUUCCAAUGAACUGGUCGAAGUUGGCAUUCUAACACAUAAAACAAGCGUUUUUGUAGUAUGUCAUUGUUUCCAUUCUCCUACAUAUCCUUCUGUCUCUUUAUAUUACCGUUGCAUUAAUCUUUUAUCCAUUUUUCUAAACAACCAAGAAUAUUAUUGUAUACAAUCCACAUGGCCCAAUCAAUGCU